GGCGGCGGGCGGGGACCCAGGCCGGCGGGACGCGGCGCCCGGCCGGCCCACCGCGCGGGGAGCGGCGGCGAGUAGGCGGCGGCCGGCCGGGCUGGUCCGGGCAGGUCCGGACGGGGAGCCGGAGCCGAGCCGGGACCCGCGCCGGAGCCGAGCGAGGACAGCAGGCCCGGCCCCGCCUCCUCCCCCGCCCUGCGCCCGCCGGUCGCGCCGGAGUUCGGAGCCGCGCCGGGCAGGGCCGCGCCGCCGCCGGUCCUCGGUCCUCGGUCCUCGGUCCGCGGCGAAGCCAGAUCGCGGCUCCCGGGGCCGGGCCGAGCCGGCGCGGCGCAUGGCGGGGCCGCGGGGCGCCCUGCUGGCCUGGUGCCGCCGCCAGUGCGAGGGCUACCGCGGCGUGGACGUCCGCGACCUGAGCGGCUCCUUCCGGGACGGCCUGGCCUUCUGCGCCAUCCUGCACCGGCACCGGCCCGACCUGCUAGAUUUUGAUUCACUUUCCAAGGACAAUGUCUUCGAGAAUAACCGUUUGGCCUUUGAAGUGGCCGAGAAGGAGCUGGGCAUCCCUGCUCUACUGGACCCCAACGACAUGGUCUCCAUGAGGGUCCCCGACUGCCUCAGCAUCAUGACCUACGUGUCCCAGUAUUACAACCACUUCGCCAGCCAUGGCCAAGCCGGUGUCUCACCACCCGGAAAGGGCCUGUCACCCUCCUCCCCGCCAUCCACUCCAGUGGAACCAGAAGAGAGGGCUCAGGGCGAGGAGCUCGCCUCAGGUCACCUGUCGGAGCAGAGCGCCCACCGGACCCCCAGCAGCCUGUGCGCAGCCUGCGGGCAGCACGUGCACCUGGUGCAGCGGUACCUGGCCGAGGGCAAGCUGUACCACCGGCACUGCUUCCGGUGUCGGCAGUGCUCCAGCACCCUCAUCCCCGGGGCCUACCGGGCCGGGCCCGAGGAGGGCACCUUCGUGUGUGCGGAGCACUGUCCCAGGCUGGGCCCGGGGGGGCGGGGGGCCAAGCCCCGGUCCCCACCACAGCCAAAGCGACGGCCGGAAGACGGAAAGGAAGCUGCAGAAGAAGCCAAGGAUGUGGAGGGAGGCGGCCCCAGCCCUAGGGCGGCUGCAGGGGCUGAGGCCCGGCCCCAGAUCCCCACCAAGCCCUGCCUUCUGGACAGACCGCAGGAUCUGGCCAGCCCCCAGGCCGGCCGCCCCAUGCCCGCCCCCAGGAAGACCUUGGAGAGCACAGCCCCGGCGCCCUCUGUGCCCCCGACGCCCGCUGUGCCCCCGACGCCCGCUGUGCCCCCGACACCGCGGCCCCGGUCCAGCCUGCAGCCUGAGAACUCGGUGGAGCAGGGAGGCGGCAGCCUGGUGAAUGGAAGGCUGCACGAGCCCCCCGUCCCCAAGCCGAGAGGGACGCCCAAGCUGUCAGAGAGGACGCCUGCCCCCAGGAAGGACCCUCCCUGGAUUGCACUGGUCCAGGCAGAGCCAAAGAAGAAGCCGGCCCCUCUGCCGCCGAGCAGCAGCCCCCGGCCGCCGAGCCGGGACAGCAGGCGGGUGGAGAAUGGAGGCGAGGAGGUGGCCCCCAGGAGCCCGGCGGCGGCUGGCCUGGAGCCCAAGCCCUACAACCCCUUUGAGGAGGAGGAGGCAGAGGAGGCGGAGGAGCCCCCUGCUGCACCCAGUCUGGCCACCAGCCCUGCCCAGGCCCAGCCGGAGUCCACACCCAAGUCCCUGCACCCCUGGUACGGCAUCACCCCCACCAGCAGCCCCAAGACCAAGAAGCGCCCUGCUCCCCGGGCGCCCAGCGCAUCCCCGCUCGCUCUCCACGCCUCCCGCCUCUCACACUCCGAGCCGCCCUCGGCCACCCCAUCGCCGGCCCUCAGUGUGGAGAGCCUGUCGUCCGAGGGCGCCAGCCAGCCCGCCGGUGGGGACCUCCUGGAGCCGCCGGUUGUGCCCAAGAGCUCCUCAGAGCCUGCUGUCCACGCUCCGGGCACCCCCGGGACCUCUGCCAGCCUCUCCGCUGGCUCCUCCCUGUCCUCCUCGGGGGAGCUGGCGCAGCCCACCCCGGACCGGACACCUCAAGCCAGCCCUGGCCUCGCCCCCAAUACGAGGGGCAGCUCGGGUGCCCAGCCAGCCAAGCCCUGCAGUGGCGCUGCCGCCACCCCGCUCUUGUUGGUGGGAGACAAGGUCCCCGUGCCUUUGCCUGGCACCUCCUCCCCGCAGCUCCAGGUAAAGUCUUCCUGCAAGGAGAAUCCUUUUAACCGGAAGGCGUCGCCCACAGCGUCCCCAGCCCCAAAGAAAGCCACCAAAGGACCCAAGCCAGCGAGGCCACCUGCCCCGGGACACGGCUUCCCGCUCAUCAAGCGCAAGGUCCAGGCUGACCAGUACAUCCCCGAGGAGGACAUCCACCGAGAGGUGGACACCAUCGAGCGCCAGCUGGACGCCCUGGAGCUCCGUGGGGUGCUGCUGGAGGAGAAGCUGCGAGGCGGGGUGAAUGAGGGCCGUGAGGACGACGUGCUGGUGGACUGGUUCAAGCUCAUCCACGAGAAGCACCUGCUGGUGCGGCGGGAGUCCGAGCUCAUCUACGUCUUCAAGCAGCAGAACCUGGAGCAGCGCCAGGCCGACGUGGAGUAUGAGCUCAGGUGCCUCUUCAACAAGCCGGAAAAGGACUGGACAGAGGAGGACCGGGGCCGGGAGAAGGUGCUGAUGCAGGAGGUGGUGACCCUCAUCGAGCAGCGCAAUGCCAUUGUCAACUGCCUGGAUGAGGACCGGCAGAGGGAGGAAGAGGAAGAUAAGAUGUUGGAAGCCAUGAUGAAGAAGAAAGAGUUCCAGAAGGAGGCUGAAUCCGAGGGCAGCAAGAAGGGGAAGUUCAAGAAGGUGAAGGUGCUGAAGCUGCUGGGAAAUAAGCGUGACGCCAAGAGCAAGUCCCCCAGGGACAAGAGCUAACAGCGAGGGGACUGCCACCCCCGCUGGCUCAGCCCUGUCCGGGCCGGGCCGAUGACUCUGAUGCUGUGUCAGACCCAAGGAGCAAGCAGGGUCCAGGGUCCUGGGUCCGGGGAGCGGCAGCGGCCGCACACACCUGCCUCGUCCCGCCCAGCCCGGCCGUGACGGCAGCUCCUGGGUCCGUCCUUCUGGGUCACGUCCAGACGGGAUUCUUCGCUGUUAAAGUUCGGACCUGAGGGUCCUUCCCCCACGAGUUUUGAUGGCGACGACUUUGAUGAUGUGGAGGAGGAUGAAGGACUAGAUGACUUGGAGAAUGCUGAGGAG